GUACAGACAAAGCCCCUGUUGCUUAACCAUCACUGUCAUCCGAAGACUCAGUUAGGAACAGGUGCAGUAAUCACUUCAUAAGGGGCAGCCUUAAGGUCUCUCUGCUUUGAGUGGCUUCACCAGAGAGCUCCAGCUCAGACGAGUUUUCAUUGCUUCAAAGGUGCUGGGUCUGUACAUAGCCACAGCAAACCAACCCCAAACACAAAACAUCUGAUCUCUGCGUCACAGCCACUCCAUCCUCAUGGGCUUUUUCCAUUUCUCUCUCAGUCUCAGGGAGCCUGAUCUUCUUGGGUUCGUGUUGUUCUUGUUGGCAUCCCAAAGAUUCUUGGAGCCACUGUCAUGUCAUCACUUUUUUCCUAUAUGAGACAUGUAGAUGAUGAUGAAGAGGAUAUGUUAAUGGCAGAAGAUCAUGGUCCUGAUUUGAUUCAUCCUCACGAUUUUAGGAGGCAAUGUAGCACCAGCAGAAGUGAUUUAGCAUACAGUCACUGCAAGGAGGAUGAGAGAGAGCAGCUGAUAGCCCAUGAGAGUUUGGAUUAUUUGCCUUCACACAGCGGAGUUUAUAAGAAGUGGCUACAAGAGAAAGCAUACAGAAAAGAGUGGGAUCGAUGGCUGCUGAUGGGGCUAAUCGGAACAGCAGUUGGGAUGCUGGGGUUUUUGACUCAUCAGAUAAUUGACUCUCUCAUCACAUUGAAAUGGGACCUGGUGGAAAAUUACCUGAAGGAUGGCAACUUCCAUCUGACGUGGGUGUGCGUGCUCGGCACCGGGCUGGCCAUGAUCCUCCUGUCCUCGAGCUCAGUGCUGUUCUUUUGUCCAGCAGGUUCACCGUCUGGCUUGCCAGAAAUCAUUGGGUAUUUGAACGGCACUUCUAUUCAGCAUCUUUUUAAUAUCAAGACCUUCCUAGGGACGUUUGUCUCAUGCGUGCUGGCUGUAGCAGCUGGGCUCUUCUGCGGGCCAGAAGGUCCCAUGGUCCACUUGGGUGCUAUCCUGGGUUGUGGCCUGAGCCAGCUGCAGUCGGACACCCUUGGCAUCCACCUCCCAUUCUUCACCAGGUUCCGGAAUUCAGCUGACAAGCGCAGUUUCAUUACGGCUGGUGCAGGAGCAGGGAUAGCUUCAGUAUUUCGUGCCCCCAUCGGUGGGCUGUUGUUCACCCUAGAGGAGGUGUCUUCCUUCUGGAACAUCAGGUUGGCCUGGCAAACCUUCUUUUGCUGCCUGAUGGCUACCUUCACCACAGAUUUGCUGUCCUCUUCUCUUUAUGGGUUUGUUUACAGAGGCCAUUUUGGAUUUUUUGAAGCAGAGAAAAGAAUUCUGUUUUGGGUUAAGAACUUGCUGGACAUGCACGUCUUGGCUUUCAUUCCAACCAUCCUACUUGGAAUGCUUGGAGGUCUUCUGGGAGCUCUCUUUGUUUCCCUAAAUAUAAAAAUUAAUAAGUUACGUGUGCAGUUCUUUAAUUCAAUUCCAAAAUCAUCAGUUAGAAAAACAAGCAAGCUGUUGGAAACUGUGCUCAUCCUUAUAUGUACGACGACUGUUACUGUAUAUUUACCGUAUUUCUUUCCCUGUACUCCAGUCAUGAGUGUGAGAGACAACCAGCUGAGAAACAACUCAGAAAUCAGAAAUAUGUUCAAGAGGGAAAUUUCAGAAUAUGGUUGUUCACCAAGCACAUCAUGGAUUGGUCCAGAUGGAUUCAGAUACUCUAAUCGAACCUUCAAUCAAGCUGCUGCGCUUCUAGUUGAAAAUGGGAAGCAAGGGAUCACAUAUCUUUUUAAACGUGGGACUCAUGAGGAAUUUGGAUACACAUCCCUCUGCACUGCUUUGGCAUUUUAUUUCAUCCUCAGUUGCUGGACUGCAGGUUCUGCUGUUGCCAGUGGCCUGGUUAUUCCUAUGCUGUACACAGGAGCUUUGUAUGGCAGAAUAAUUGGUUUGAUUCUUGUUUCCAUUUUUGGUGUUCAAACUAAUGAAUACAGAGCAUGGAUUGAUCCAGGUCUGUUUGCUGCCAUUGGAGCUGCCUCCUUUUUCAGCGGAGUGUCAAGACUAACCAUCUCCCUCACUGUUAUAAUGGUAGAGAUCACGAAUGAUGUCCAGUCCUUGCUGCUGAUAAUGCUGGCUGUCAUGGUGGCCAAAAUGGUUGGUGACUUUUUUAACGCGUCCCUGUACAGCUCCCUCCUGAGGCUGAAAUGCAUUCCCUACUUGGAUGUGGAACCUAUUGUUCAUCACAGGAGAAAAUGGUUGAACCUGGAAUUGUUCUCUGCCAGGGAUGUCAUGGAGCCUCAUGUCAGAGUCCUUCACCUAAAGGAAAACAUUGCUUCCUUGGCCCAGCUUCUUGCAAGCACAAAACAUGGUGGAUUCCCAGUGGUUUGCAGGUCCAAUCCAGACCAUGCAGAAGUGUUUCAGGGAACCAUUAAAAGGCUAGAGCUGUGCAUGCUGCUGGAAAAUGAGCACAUCUUCGAACCAGAGACAAACUAUGAGUCUUUUUCCUCCUCUCAUCCUCUGUCCUAUGAGAAGAUAACAGUGGAGAAGCUGCCCAAUCUGUCGCGCCUAGCCAUGCUGCUGAAUCGCUACACUACAGAUCCCCGGUAUCAGCAACUCUUCAUCAAUCUGGAGCCAUACAUAAACAAAUCGGCAAUGUCAGUCCAAGCUAAUUUCUCCCUGCAACGCACCUAUAUCAUCUUUCGCACCCUGGGGCUGCGCCACCUCACCGUCGUUGACCUGCAGAACCGAGUGGUUGGGGUGAUCACCAGGAAGGACCUGAUGCCUUUCCCCUUGGAGGAGAGGCUCAGGCUCCAGCUGGCACCACAGAGCCCUGACAGGGGGAGUAGCCCCUGAAUUUAAGGCCGUGAAUGCAUUCUCAGGCUUUGUCCCUUCUUUUUGAGCCCAUUUUCUUCUUCAUGAAAAAAAUAAUCUGAGCUUUUCCACUUGAUCCCUUCUGGAGAAGAGACAUUUAAAAGCUGUUGUUUCUAGUCAUGUGGGAUUGUAGCCCAGAGCUAUGUCUCUUCAGCUGUUUGGUGAUUGCAAAAUUAAUUGAUUUAAAUGCUUGUGAAGCAAAAUAGGAAUUCAUGUGUUUAUGGAAGAUGCACAUAAAAUCAGAUGUGAAGGAUGGAGAUCAAGAACUAUUUUGUCACACUGUGUCUGUGCCUCCCCCCAAAAAAGUCAUGACCCCUAGCAGAAAAGUUAUGUUGGCAAAACCUUUGAGCGAGUACUACAUUUUCAACCUUGGAAUAUCUGCAUGUUAAAAAAGAGAAUGUUUCCUUAUCAGCAUUUUUAUGUUGAAAUUUCUAAGUUUAACUGAAAGGAAAUACCGCCUUGGAAGAGGCAGGCCACUGAAAGUAACAGGGGAUUGGACUUUCUUAUUGGCCUACCUGUAUUAGCAAUCAAAAAGGAGAAUUGAAUGUAAGAGAAAGACAUUGGCUGUGAGGCACCUGCCAAAUUACAAUCACACUUGUCAGUAAGGUAUAAGGAAAACUUGACAUGCCUUUCUGUCGCUUACAUUUCUUUAAUUUCUGUGACUGCUCAGGUAGGCUCUCUUUCUCUCCUUCCGCUUGAUAUGAUAACACUUUUUAGUUAAGGUCAUGUGCAAUGAGGUAUGGGAUAAAUUCUAAUAAUGGGGAGGCAACAUGAUAAAUUGUUGGAGUAGUUUUUGAUAGCAGCAUAUUUAGAAACUGGACAAAAAGUAAAUAAUUCUUCAUGAUUUUGUAGUGAUACAAUGUUUGAAAACUUGGAAAGUAUUGGUUGUUAAUAAAUGAAUGGGAACAAUUUUUUGGACAAAGACACUAUUAGAUUUCCUUCUAUGACUUUGUAAUUGAUAUUUAAUUUUAUUCUGUUAAAUUCCAGAGGGAUUCCCACAGAUUUGGAAAUUAAAACCUAGUACAUACAAAAGAAUUCACCAGUAUUAAUGUUGUUAUAAUGAAUACCAAGAAAAGCUAGUAAUAAUUUACUGGUUAUAAAAACUUGCCAAAUUCCUGAAAAUGAAUUUCUGGUAUUUGAAUCAUGCAGCCUUGAGUCUCCUAUGAAUCAAAGAUUUGUUGGAUUUUCUCCUAUUUUCUCUGCUGGAUCUUGUCUUUAUUAACAAUAAUGUUGCUUUUGUAGCACCACGGAGAAUGAACAGCACUUUGAAACUCAAGUGUCCCAGCCGAUGUAAAUAGGUGGCAGACCAGAAACAUAUGUAGGUACAUGAGAGAAGCUCUUUAAACACCCAAUUAAAAUAUGUCAUAUGUGGGAUGAGAAAUGCCUUGCCAAUCAUCCAGCCAAGAGACAUAGAGGUGGGAGUUUAUUUAUAUUCUGUUACAGUUAGUAAUAUUUUGCUCAUUAGUGCAUUAGUAAGGUCACUGUCACUGUCAAUCUAUGCCUCACCUACCUGAAGAAUGCAAAGCUUUUCUUGAAGGAAUUAGGGCUAGAUCAGUUCAGAGUUUUACUGGCUGUUUUUGUGCUAGCAGAACAGGACGUCUAAUCUAGAGACACGUAGUGAUUUCCCCAGAAGGCAGUGAGAAUCUCUUUUUCUCGUGAUAACCAAAUCUCAAUAACCUUGCUGUGAAUUUGUGGUUUUGGUUCAAAGGCCAUUGGUGAUUUCCUUUUUCUUGAUCUCUUGUGUACACAAAGUAUCACAUUCAUAAGACCUGGGAAAUGAAAUUGCUUUUUGCUGACAGCAUCUGUGGCUAAAUGUCUCAGUACAAACUGUUGCCAGAGAGUACAUGCAGAGUAUGAGGGCUGGAGACAGCCAGGAUAUCAGUAACCCGUUACAUGACUUUGAACAGAUCACUUAAAUGCUUGGCAUAUCAUUUGCUCUGCCUUUAAAUUCGGAACAAUAUGGAUCCACAAUAGCUCCUGUGCGAAGUAUAUGUGCGAAAAAUAUUAUAGGCAUAUAAACUUUCCAUGAUAAUAUUGUGUGCAAGCCAAUUAUAAAAGGCAGUGUGAGACUCCCCCUGCUCUGCAUCAGUAAUAAGCGUAGUUUCUAA